UCGAAUCUUUCACAUCGUGUCGAAAACACUUUUUAGUCGUUGAAAAUGACUGGUCGUGGAAAGGGAGGAAAGGGAUUGGGAAAGGGAGGAGCGAAGCGUCAUAGGAAGGUACUUCGUGAUAACAUCCAAGGUAUCACAAAACCGGCCAUUCGUCGUCUGGCUCGUCGUGGUGGUGUCAAACGUAUCUCCGGUUUGAUUUACGAAGAAACUCGUGGUGUGCUGAAAGUAUUUCUGGAAAACGUCAUUCGUGACGCAGUCACUUACACCGAGCACGCCAAAAGGAAGACCGUCACAGCCAUGGACGUCGUCUAUGCCCUGAAGAGACAAGGACGCACUUUGUACGGUUUUGGAGGUUAAGCUGCAUUUCUUUUGGGGACAUCACAUCGACGUACGAUUACAGACAAUCGUCAAGCAAAGCAAAACGGCCCUUCUCAGGGCCACAAUUAUUUAACACAGAAACACGAUCAACAUUAACUGGAGACCUCGAUCCUUUCUGUAAAAAUCCCCGUAACAUCCAAAGAUGUGUAAGAAUCAUCUUUCAUUUAAUGUAGUUAGUUUAGAAAAACCUUGACAAUUUCUAAAGUGCAUUGUAAUUUUUAUUGCAAAGGUUGACAAUUUUAUUCGAAUGAAUGUAGAAAUGACGAAUUUGUCAGAAUAUAGAUGUAAAUAAUCAGUUGACACCGCGUGUUUUUUAAGUUUAUCCGUCAAAGUUUCAUGUCUUAGAAUCGCGAAUCAUGGUUUUAACUUUUCAAAUAUUGCAUAUGUAUUGCAUAUUUAUUGUAUAGUUUGCGCGUAAAAUUUUCGGAAAGAGAUUGUACUUUUGUAGUAUAAAUGUUGAAUAAUUGUAUGGCACUGAUUUUUAUUGCAAUAUUAUUGACUAAAAUAGAUCGCACGUUCUCAAUGAGAGUUAGUAGUAAAUGUUCUGAGUUCAAGACCCUGCUUAUUUGCGUCUCAUGCGAAGUUCGAGUAUCGACGAGAAAAGUGAUACACGAUGGCCGCACGCGACGUUGCCAAAUUACGCCGUCUGGACAGUCUCGCACUCCUAUCGUGUAUUCUUAUGGGCACAAUGUUGCCAAACGUAAUUCUAGCAACAGAAAUAUAUAUGUAUGUAUACUGUGAUUUCGCUUUCGUCUUUAAACCGUUAGGUAUCGUACAAAUCAAUAAAUUAUGGAAGUUAUGGAAUCAAUAA